AGAGAGCGAGACUUACGACAGCUACAGUGUUUGCAUAUAGGUCACACCCCACAGUCCCACCCUGUUUCAAGAGCCUGGAACAGUCCUAACUCCCAAGUAUAAUCCAGUGUAGUGGUGGUAACUCCAGUAUUCCAAUCAGACCUGUGGAUUCCGAAUAUGAAUAAGCGACAGGACAGACAGCUCGAGACAUUUUCAGCUGGCGCGCGUGUAAAAUUCGCUUCAAACACAAUUCUCAUCUUCUUUGGGCUUCAUCUUCUGUGUCAGAAUUCGCCGAGUGCUGCAGAACCAGGUCUUUUUCAGGUACAACUGAUUGAAUCACCAGCUGGGACUGGGAAAUAUACCUGCAAAAAUGCCAUUGAAGCUUGUAAAUUACAGAAUGCUGUAUUAGCAACAAAGGCACAACUUGAAAAUGCCUUAAACUUAGGAUUCCAGACGUGUAGUUAUGGAUAUGUUCAGAUCAGAAAGAAAUGUGAAACAAAAGUUUAUAUGCCACGAGCAACAAGGCACGAAAACUGUAGAAAUGAAACAGGUCUUUUAUUCAAAGAUGUGAAAUCUUUAAAAUUUGAUGCCUUCUGUUACUUUCAGGAUACAGGGACAUUAAUAAGAACAGUAGAGGUGAACACAAGGCAGACUGAUAUAUUUCAGCUUCUGUCUCCCAGUGAAGAUCCAUAUCCCUUUAAUCUAUACACAGCUAGGGAGGCCUGUCGAAAAAGAGAAGGAAAAAUUGCAUGUAUUAGUGAACUGGAGUCAGGUCUCAGAGAUGGAUACCAGUCAUGUCGGCAUGGCUGGGCUGUUGACGGUAGAAUAAUAGGGCCAAGUCUCGAAUCAUCAUGCACUGCAGGAGCUCAACUCUUCUACUAUUCUCAACAAGGAUCUUACAUGUAUGGGAUUUAUUGUGCUCGCUCAGAAGGGAUUGACUUCUAUAACACAUCCGUCCCAUCCAUCCAGGAAGCCCUGAUAUUUUGUCGAAAUAAAGAAGCAAGACUGGCCAGCCUAGAAGAACUUCUCAAUCUUCAUCAAAGUGGGGGGAAAAUAUGCAGUGCUGGCUGGGUACUCAUAGGUCAGAUUGUCAUGCCAAGGAAUAUUUCUGCUGCAACAUGUGGAAGAAAUCAGACUGGACUGAUCUCACUGAAAGCAAUCAAUGUUCUUCAGAAUGAAACAGCUGUCAAUGCAUCUGCAGUUUUUUGUAUUAAACUAUAUGCUGAUAACAUCAAAGAAAAAGUGAAGGGAUAUAACACGUCUACAGGUGUGGUACAGCUGUUGUCUCCAAUGAGCGAUUUUCCUUACCCAUUCACUCUUGCCUAUGCUAUGAAAGCAUGCCUUGAUGGUGGCACUGGAAUAGCUUCUACUAAAGAAAUUACUUUUGCUGUUGCAAGAGGAUUUAACAGAUGCCGAGCUGGCUGGGCAAUUAAUGGCCUUGUGAUAGGACCAGCAGACCCAAAGAACUGCACAAACAACAUACUUUAUAACUAUGGACACAUCCAAGACUCAGAAAGAUAUGGUGCCUACUGUAGAGGUAAACAAGGUGUUUAUUUUCUCAAUGACAACUUCACCUUUGAAGAAUCCCUUGCUGCUUGUAAGAAAGACGGAUGGUCACUGGCUAUUAUUACUCAGCUGCUAGCUGCAGUGAAUAACUCUGUUUUGACUGUGUGCAGCCCAGGCUGGGUUGUAGAAGGCCAGAUCAUGUUACCAAGAAACAUGUCACAUUAUAAAUGUGGGAAAGGCAGAAAAGGAGCACUGCAACUUUCAGCAUACUCUGGGGUUCAUACCAAGUCUGGAGCAUUCUGUGCAAGUCCAGGUGCUGAGAAAAAAGAUGACUUGAAAAGUACUGAUUCAGCAAGUUCACUUAUGAAAGGACUACUAAGUGUGGAACCACUAGAGAAUCACACUCUUACUGCUUCCCAAGCAAUAGAGAUCUGUCAAACAGUUGGUUCCAGGAUAGCAACAGUAACCGAGACCAGAAUUUCAAUGAAGUAUGGUUAUGAAAACUGCAGGGCAAGCUGGGUAAUUAGGCCUGUUGCCUUUGGCCUUUUGAAGAAUGGGACAUGCUACAAAGGUGAUGAUGGAACUGAAUUAUAUGACCAUGGAGAACUUCCUGUUUGGAGGAACAUGUCUGUCUUCUGCAAAAGCACACAAGGUUUUCAUUUUAUUGAAAAUCCCAAGAUGAACUUCUAUCAAGCUCUGGCAGCAUGUAAGAAAUUUAAAGAAAGAAUGGCAACUUCAGAUGAGUUACUAACUGCAGCCCGUAAUGGAGAAAUUAAAAUUUGCAGUUCUAUAUGGGCAGUAUCUGGGGAGGUUGUGAUACCAAGGAUUAACCCACUUCCUCAGUGUGCCAAAAAUAACACAGGAUUGUUCAUAUUAGGAAAGUCUUCAAAAAUUACCUCCGUGCUUUGCGUGAUUCCAGAAAAAGGCAAAGAAGAACCACAUGUUCCACUGGAAUCCUCUUCACUAUUUCAGAUGCCUGCCUCUAGAGAUCUCCUAUUCUCUUUUACUGAGGCCCGUUCAGUUUGUGAUUCUGUGGGGAAGGGAUUAGCGCCUCUGGAUCAAGCAAAAUCUGCUCACAAGAAGGGAUUAAGAAACAGCCGCUGGAGUUGGACUUUGGAUGGAAGGAUUGUUGGUCCUGCAGCAUUAAGUGAGCAUUGCACAGCGUCAUCUCCAGUUGUGGCAUUUGAUUACCAGGCUGAACUCCCAGCUGGUGGCGUACUCUGUCAAGGAGAACAUGGUGUGAAUGUUUGGGAAGCAGAAGAUAUCUCUUUUUCUGAGGCCAUUAUGUUGUGCAAAAAUAAAAAUUCCACAAUUGCCUCUUUGUCACAACUUCUCAACCAUAGGAGAACUACAAAGAAAACAAAAAUAUGCCGAAAUUAUUGGUUUGUUGAUGGGACACUUGUACAACUGGGAGAGGCACUUCAUCAGAGGACAUCUGGUUCAUUACUGAAUAAGAAUUAUGCAUUUUGUCAAAAAGACCACAUGACUAGAUCAGCAGUUUUAGCAGUGGGGCGAUCUUUGUUGCCAUCAGUACAAGAUGUAUUUCUGGUGCCCCCAAAGGACAACAGUAACUUCACAAUGGCUGAGGCCAUAAGAGCAUGUCUUGCAAGAAAUUCUGUAGUUGCAACAAGACAGCAAGUGGAACAUAAGAUGAAAACGGGAUAUGAAACAUGCAGAAAACCUUCAGUUUACAGAAGAAGGCAGCAUGUUUCCAAAAGAGAAGGUAAAAAAAAAAGAGGCAAGGGACACGUGAAAAGGAAGAAGUCAAAACUGAACAUGAAAGGAUUGAAAAACAUUACUGUAAGAAAAAAAAAGAGAAAGCUAGGCAUUGACAACAAGGCUGAAGCAGUGAAUGUACAAAGCCACCUUAAUGAGACUUGUAUGCUUGCAAAUGUAAUAAGCAGUGAAAACAGUGGGUUUAAUAAGACUAAUAGUGAUGAAGCUCAUUCCUUUGUAACAAUUUAUAGAGCAAAUGUUAUUGAAUUAGAAGUCAAAACUUCUUCAGAUCUGAAAAUAUAUUCUUGUAAUGUGAGAUUCAGUUAUUAGAGGUACUGAUGCUGGCGAUAUUUUACUUGAAGGCCUCACCUUUCGUUUUGUGCAGAAGUGGGCAUGUAACGAAUUGAUUGAUGACCAGGUCUGCAUAUGUAAUGAGCCAUGAUCGACAUGGCAUGCUAAUCUGCUGUUGAGAUCGACAUGCACGUGCUAACACAGUAAAAGUAUGCAUCAAACAUACCACCCCAAAAAAUGAAACCCCAAAAGUGGAAGCAUAUCAGUAACAGCAUAAUCCCAUACGUGUGCUAAUGCAAUAAAAGUAUGCAUCAAACAUACCACACCAAAAAAUAAAAAAUGUGUUAACAGCAAUCAAGCACGGAGAUCUUCUACUUAAGAAACAAAUUAAUUAACCCACCGACUUCACUUAAUAGUGGUGGAGUGUUGUUAUUUUGCUUUUACUUUGAAAUAGAAUUAGGACACUGCUCCAUAGUCCAUGUCUACAUAUCAUACUGGGUAACAAACUUAAGGUCUGAUUUUUCAAAGAUCACUUUCAUAUAUUGCUUUUUUUCACCCGAUAAAAUGUUGUAAACUUCUUACAGGUGGCUUUUUUAGAUAUAUAUGAAAUAUGCAGCAAUCGACAAAUAGGGAUUAUUUUUGUGUGUCUGUAAGUUUUUAGAGUGAAGUUUUGUAAUUGUAAUCAUUGGGCUGCCUCAACAGAUAUCACUGAUGUUCGGACGUUUGAUAAGGUAAGUAGAAAAUUACUGAUUAUUGUAAUAGAUUUAUUUCCUGUCCGUACGUGUAUAGAGUGCAGGGUUUCAGUUUUAAUUAUUAAAUUAUUCUUUUUUAUAUGUAAUAUUUAUUACUGAUGUGGGUAACGUUUUAUUGUUUUAUUACAUGUCAAUAAGUGUCUUUAUUGAAGGGCUUCAUUUUUAAUAAUGAAUUGUAGUGGUUGUCAGUGAGCUUGUUUUAUUUUUUUUACAUUACAUUCUACAUUUGUAGGGAAUGCAUAUUCAUUAAUGAAAUAUCACAGGGGUGGGUUUUGGGCAGGGCUUGCUACUGCGCAUCUGGUGAGGCCUUCAAGUAAAAUAUCGCCCUGUUGCUUAGGUUUGCAGAGAGGAUAAUGAACAUCGAGCUGUGUUAUGCAUGCCAGGAGCAAAAAUAGAGGAUGUUAGACAAGCUUUAGAAUGCCUUUACGUAAGGAAGUAUGGCUGUUUUAUACAUGUCAGUACAAAUGAUCUCAUCUGCAAGGACUGUCUGACUGUUAAUAAAAAACUUGCAGCCCUCUUAGAUAGUAUAGCUUGUACUGGUGCUAGGAUGUAUUUUUCACAAAUCACGCAUAGAAAGGAGAGUAAGGUAAACUUGAAUGAAAAGAUUUUUGGGUAAAUACCUACAUGAAAAAAAAAGUCCCAUUUUAAAAAAUGGAAAUGUGUAAAGCUUCCAAGACUAAUUCUGGGCACGUAUUCAGACAGGAUGGCAUGCAUUUCUCAAGAUCAGGGAAGAUAAUUUUUUGCAGCAGAUAUUUUUCAAACUUUGACAAACACAAAGAAGGAUUUUUGCACGAAUGAAAAUUUAACAGUUCACAAGACAUUAACAU